AUGAGGGCGUACACGGGCGUGGCGGGUCACAGUCAGCCCUUCAAGUUAACUAAGUUCUUCGUUGUCCGGGGCACGGAGUUGUCUUUGCUCGGUUUUGGCACUUCCCAAGAGCUGGGAUUGAUACGGUUGGGACCCCUGAGCGAAGGAGAGACGCAGUCUACUGGGGUGCAAAAUGAAGGUGUAUACAGCGUGAAUGCGGAUGUCUCGGAGUUCCCGAAGGUUAAGCUGGACCCUGUCAAAUUCAAGGUGGACGAAUCUGUAACGCCGAGGCAGAUUAUUCGCUAUAACAUUCCGAAGGCGUUCGAAAACGCCACCACCGAAAGGCUUCGAGCAAUGGAGAUCAGAAAUAUUAUAGAGAGAGCAGACAAGGAGGAUGACGUCAUCACGCAUGUGUCGCCGUUGGUUUUGGUGCCGAAGGGUACUAAUGAUUUCCGGAUUGUGGUCGAUUACAGAGCUGUAAACAAAGCGAUCAUUAGAGAGCCGUACCCCAUGCCAUCGCUGGAGAAGAUUUGGGCAGAGAUUCCAAACGGUACGGUGUACUUUUCCAAAUUGGACCUUCGUGAUGCUUAUUUUCACAUUGAGUUGGACGAGAGUGUGCGUCAUUUCACCACGUUCAUGACGGCAAACGGUCUGAUGCGUUUCACGAGGUUACCUUUUGGACUCGCCAAUGCCCCGGAGCUGUUCCAGCGCUCGAUGGAGAAGCUGAUGAGCAAGUGCAAGAACAUAAUUGUGUACCUCGACGAUAUUCUGGUGUAUGGAAGGACGCUGGCGGAGCUGCGGGCGAACGUGGCCGUGGUCAAAGAAACUCUAGAAGGAAACAAUCUCACUAUAAACGAGGACAAAUCCGUGUACGAUCAGCAAUCAGUUGAGUUUUUGGGAUUCACCAUUGAUGGUAGUGGAAUUCUACCUACGGACAAGAAAAUUUCGGACAUUAGGCUUUUUCAACGUUCCAGGAAUACCUCGGAGUUGCGGAGUUUCUUGGGGAUGAUGACUUUUAUAAGUCCAUUUAUUCCUAAUUUCGCUCAUAAAACGAAGCCGCUUCGGGAGCUUCUGUCUACGGAAGCGAAGUUUGAGUGGAGUGAGGAGCGGCAAGCAGCAUUUGAGGCACUGAAGGAUGCAGCAGAGAACGAUUUGGUUAAGCGUGGAUUUUUCAAUGAGAACGAUCCAACUGUGCUGUACACCGAUGCAUCACCCUGGGGAAUAGCUGGAGUGCUGACUCAACAGGCGAGCGACGGGGAGGAGCGGCGGAUUAUUGCUUGCGCGUCGAAAAGUCUAACGGUUGCUGAGUGUCGUUAUCCGCAGUUACACCGUGAAGCGCUGGCGAUAAUCUGGGCAAUGGAAAGGUUUGCGUAUUAUCUUUUAGGAAGGUGGUUUACGUUGAGGUGCGACAGCGAAGCAUUGAUGUUUAUGACGAAGGUUAAGGGCAAGGACGUCGGGAAGCGAAUUUUGUCGAGAGCUGAAGGUUGGUUGCUGCGAAUGGAUCACUUCCAUUUCGAAUUUGAACACGUGUCGGGCACAAACAACAUUGCUGACGCGGCUUCCCGGAUAUGCGCUAGGCGCGACGAACCUCAGUUUGGUUUAAACAGAGAACCGCACGAGUUGUGCUUGGUCACAGCAGACCCAGGGGCUAUCAAUGAACAUUUGCUGGCGAUGACGUCAUCGGAAGUAAAGGAGGAGUUGUUGAAGGACAGCGAGCUACUUACAUUGAUCGAUUGGUUGGAAAAGGACGAAAAAUGGCCAGCGGAGAUCAUAAAAUAUCAAGCUUUCCAUCGUGAUCUGUUCAUGCAAAAUGGACUGCUAAUGAAGCAGGAGAAGAUCGUGCUGCCUAUUGUGUUGCGGUCUCGCGCGAUACGUGUGGCCCACCUAGGCCACCCGGGUAUGUCAACGAUGAACAAUUUUUUAAGACAGGGGCUAUGGUGGCUGGGUAUGGACCGGGAGAUAGAAGAUUUUGUACGCAGUUGUCCGGAGUGUCAAUUGGUUACCAAGACAAACAAUACGCUGCCGAUUACGUUGACCGAUCUUCCCGCUAAUCCGUGGGAUUACGUGUCGAUGGAUUUCUCAUCGGCGUCCGACAUCAACAGCUGGAAAGCGCUGGUCCUCACGGAUAACUACUCGCGAUUUUUGGUAGCGUUACCCAUGGAAAGGACUGAUGCAGAGGCUGUUAAAAGGGCGCUCAAGAGAAUUUUUAACACUUACUACAUUCCCAAGACCCUGAAGGCGGACUACGGACCACCAUUUAGCAGUUACGCCGCUGAACCCGACGGAAAAUGGUUUAGUUGA